AUGGAUGUGAAGGAGGCCAGCAGGAAGAGUGCCAGCCGGAGUCGGCGUGUGUUGGACAGCCUGCUGUUAUGUACUGGGGACAUGGAGCACAUGGAUAAGUACAUGCAGGACAAGCCGUUUGUGCUGCAGCUGGCUGUCUGGGGCCUGAGAGGGGUGACCCAGGUGAUCCUAGCCAACAACCCGCUGAGUGGUGCUCUCAUUAUGGCUGCACUGUACUGGGCUUCCCCCUGGCAGGGCCUGCUGGGAACUCUGGGUGUACUGGCCUCUACGCUAACAGCUGUUAUAAUGGGGCAAGACAGUGCUGAGGUGUCAGGGGGUCUCCAUGGUUUUAACGGCAUGUUGGUGUCUCUGCUGAUGGGGGUGUUUAGCUCAGCUGGAGACUGGUACUGGUGGCUGCUGCUGCCUGUCUGCUUGGGGUCAGCUACAUGCGUCUUCCUGUUCAGCGGUCUCUCCUCAGUAUUGGACCGUUGGGACCUGCCUGUCGCUGUGUUCCCCUUCAACACCGUCAUCAUCCUCUACCUCCUUUGUACCGGCCCAGACAACCCCUACUUCCCGCACCACCGAGCUACACCACCGGGGGCGCUGGAACUCAAUGGCACCGAGCUCAUUGCAGUUGAGGUACUGCGUGGCAUCCCCUUGGGUGUGGGUCAGAUCUUCGCCUGUGGUGCCUUGGGCCCCUCUCUCCUCAUCCUGGGAGCCGUUCUGCUCUACUCCCCCCUGCUGGCCACCCAUGCUCUGUUAGGAUCUGCAGUUGGAACAUUAGCUGGUUUAUCCACAGCGGUGCGUCAUGAUUUGCUGUACUCAGGUCUCUCUGGGUUUAAUGGAGCUCUGGGGUGCAUGGCUGUUGGAGGACUCUUCUUCACCUUCAGCUGGAGGACUCACCUCUUUGCCAUUGCCAGCGCCUUCCUCUCUGCAUACGCUGACAUCGCUCUGAGCAAUCUGCUGGGAACAGUUGGUCUCCCAGCAUGCAGUUGGGCAGCUACUUUGACAGUCACGCUGAUGUUGCUGCAGACAGGCAGUUUAGCAGCGUACCGAAUUCCUACUCAUCAAGUUAUGGCUCCUGAACGCAACCUGCACUCCCGCAGCCAAUGGGAAGCUGGAAACACUGCAGACACAAAGAGCACUGAUGUGUGA